AUGUUGGCCGGUGUCAUCACUCCACCCAUCAUACUGGCCAAUGCCGCCAACUUGACGCCAGACCAGCAGCGUUACCUCGUUUCCACCUCCCUCAUCGUGUGUGGCAUCCUCUCCUCCAUUCAAAUAACUCGUUUCCAUAUCUGGCGCACUCCCUACUACAUCGGCACAGGCCUUAUUUCCGUCGUUGGAACUAGUUUUGCUACUAUCCCCGUCGCGACUGGCGCCCUGAGCCAAAUGUACGCAACAGGAUUCUGUCCGACCUCACCCACUGGUCAGAAGUUACCAUGUCCUGAUGGCUAUGGUGCUAUCCUGGGAACUGCAGCGUGUUGUGCGCUUCUAGAGAUUGGCAUGUCCUUCACUUCACCGCGCAUGCUCAAGAAGAUCUUCCCACCAAUCGUCACCGGUCCGACGGUCAUGUUAAUUGGUGUUAAUUUGAUCUCCUCUGGAUUCAAGAACUGGGCUGGCGGAUCGGGAGAUUGCUUCGGGCGCCCCCAGACUGGACUGUUCAGGCUCUGUCCCAAUAUCAAUGCUCCUCGUCCGUUGCCAUGGGGCUCGGCGGAGUUCAUCGGUCUGGGAUUCAGCGUAUUCAUCACCAUCAUCAUCUGUGAGCGGUUCGGCGCGCCGAUCAUGAAAUCCACUGCCGUUGUCAUUGGGCUGCUUGUUGGCUGUAUUAUCGCUGGUGCAACUGGAUACUUUGACCGUAAACCCAUUGAUGCUGCACCCGCAGUUUCAUUCAUCUGGGUGCAUACAUUCAAACUCAGCGUCUACGGACCGAUCGUCUUACCAUUACUGGCAGUAUACAUGGUCCUUGCUAUGGAAGCUAUCGGCGACAUCACCGCUACGUGUGAUGUCUCGCGCCUCGAGGUCGAUGGCGACAUGUACGAUUCUCGCAUACAAGGAGGUAUUCUGGCCGAUGGCUUGAACGGCUAUGCAUGCUGCUUCUGGUUAAUCGUCAUGGGCGUAUUCGCCAAGUUCGCCGCCGCCCUUGUCGCUAUUCCCUCAGCCGUGCUAGGCGGCAUGACAACCUUCCUUUUCUCUAGCGUCACAGUAUCAGGUAUCCGCAUCAUCUCCACCACGCCCUUCACUCGCCGCACCCGCUUCAUCCUCGCCGCCGGCUUCACCCUCGGUCUUGGCGCCACCAUGGUACCCAACUGGUUCGCCUUCGUAUUCACAUACAAAGGCGACAACCGCGCGUUAUCAGGCUUCUACAAUGCGAUCGUGCUCAUCAUGGAGACGGGCUUUGCGGUCGUCGCUUUUGUCAAUUUGGCGCUGAAUUUGAUGCUGCCCGAGGAAAUUGAAGAUGAGGAGACGCCGGAACUCACGGCGAACGAAGCGGAUGAGGUCGCAGAUAGAGAGGAGUGGGAGAGGAUCAGGAAGGGGAGGAAGGAUGAGGAGGGCGGGGUGAGUGAGGAUGGGGUGGGUGCUAAGGUCGUGUAG